GCCUGAGCGGGCGCGGGCCAUGAGCGCCGCCCGGCCCCAGUUCAGCAUCGAUGACGCCUUCGAGCUGACCCUGGAGGACGCGGGGCCGGGGCCGGAGGCCAGCGGGGUCUCCCGUUUCGGGCCUCUGCACUUUGAGCGCCGGGCCCGCUUCGAGGUGGCUGACGAGGACAAGCAGUCCCAGCUGAGAUACCAGAACCUGGAGAACGAUGAGGACGGAGUCCAGGCUUCUCCAGAGUCUGAUGGGAGAGUCAACACCAGCUCGCAGUGGUCCUUCAGCACCAUCAGCAGCACCGCCCAGCACUCCUACACCUGCUGCAGCUGGACCAAACACCCUUUGAUUCAGAAGAACCGCCGGGUAGUGCUGGCCUCCUUUCUACUCCUGCUGCUGGGGCUGGUGCUGAUCCUGGUCGGCGUGGGACUGGAGGUGGCUCCCUCUCCAGGUGUCUCCAGCGCCAUCUUCUUCGUGCCAGGCUUCCUGCUCCUGGUCCCCGGAGUGUACCACGUGAUCUUCAUCUACUGCGCUGUCAAGGGCCACCGAGGCUUCCAGUUCUUCUAUUUGCCUUACUUUGAGAAGUGAGCUGUGGCUGAGCAGCGAUACUGGUGAUCCAAGGUCCCUGGCCACCACCCCACAUCCAUGGGGUGCUCUCCUGACCUGUGCCUGGCUCCACUCCCUCACCUCACAGGAAAAGGCCCUCCCAGGGGUAACCCCCAGCCCCA